CCAGAUCGAUCACCUCAUAAUAGUGUACGUAUUGGGUUUGCUCUGUGCAGUCUGGACUUGGGUCGAUUCACAACAGCGGACUCCAACGUGGAUACUGCUAUAGGAAGGACGCGCAAGCCAGCGGAACACGCCACUAACCGCCUUUGUGAUCCAACGACAACAACAAUUGCGAUUUCCGACGUCGACAUGUCACCGCGGAACCGGACUAUGCCAUUGGCUUCAUCUGGCCACUGUUUGGGACAGAUUGACCUCUCAAUUCAAAUCAUUGGCGUUCCGCGCGAGAUGUUUUGCAAAAUUAGAAAUCCAUGUUUUGCAAUUCGAAGCGGCUGUACACCAUAUUCAAUGCGACCAAGGCAUUGCAUAGAUGUGGCUGUCAGGGAUGCGUUGAAACGAGACAGCCAAAGACAUGUUGACAGGACCGACGAGCGACCGCAAUGCCGAUCAACGCACGUCAAGUGGUUCUCGAAGAAACAGCGGCGUUUUGACAACUUUGGUUCUUCCCUGCCCCGUCGUUUCACACCACCGAUCACGAUCAAUGCUGGGAAGGUUUACCGGCUUCAGGUAUCCUUGCGUCGUUCUAGAUGGAAUGCCUCGAUCAUCCACUGCGGGACAAGCCGUAUUGCAAACACGGCUUCUUAUUGGUCGCAUUUUGCUUUUUGUCCCCAUCCUCAAACAUGACGCAUGGUGCGCGAGCUGUGCGCGGCCCCCCAGAAGGGAAAAUCCGUGGUUUGAUGUUGACGGAGUUGGUUUGAGAGGCCUUGAAAGCAUGUUUGCACCUUUCCCCUCCGCACAACGCG